AAGAUGGAUUCCGAACGGGAAAAGUUUCGCACUUAUGUAGAGAAGUCUGGCGUAAUGUCAGCCCUGACAGAUGUCCUGGUGCAUCUCUAUGAGGAACCUGACAGGCCAUCUGAUGCCUUGCAGUACAUUAAGACUGCUCUGGGGACUAUGACAGUUGAUAAUGAACGACUUCAGAUGUAUGAAGAGAAGGUCAAAGAGCAAAAGACUACCAUAGAAACCCUCCAAGCAAAUGUUGAAUCCUUGCAAUCGGAAAACUCCAGCCUCAAGGAACGCAUCAGCCAGUUGGAGGCCAAGCUGGAGGAACCCAAAGCAGCACCAGAGGAUGCUGCCAAAGCCUAAGAAUGAUGCUAUACAGAAAUUUUAUUCUGUCCCACGCUGAGGGAAAGUCAGCAACAUCAAAGCCUGGAACUUUCAGGCAAUAAUUCCUUUUAUUCAGUGUAAGAAUCCUUUAAAGUGAUAAUGUUUAGUUUGAAAUGAUAAAUUGUGCUUUCCACAAAGCAUGAAAUUCAUCAUGUAAUGGGUAAUAAGAUAAUUCUCGUGUUUUAAGAUUGUAAAAUCUUUUCAGCAGAAGCUCAUAAAUAUACCAUGAAUAAGCCAAGGAUGUUUUAUAGUUGUUUUACAGUGUUAUUUUAAGUACAUAUAAAUGUCAUCAUGUACAUGGGUUAUAUUAUAUUGGAAAACAGAGGAAUUACAUGUGAUCUUUAGAAAUAACUAUUUCAAUAUUAAUUAUGCUAAAAUGUUUAUGAAGUAUGCAUUUGUUACCAACUUCUAUCAUUUAAAGUACUCUGCUAUUUACUCAGGAUUCCUCCACAUACUGUUCAUAUUUCUUGUUUCAUUGCUAUUAUUAUCUCUGUAUUAUCGCUGUUUUAGCUGAAAUUAAGAGUAUUUAAAGAUUUUUACAAAUUUUGAACUACUUUUGAUUAAUCCAAACAGACAUAUCCUUAAGGCUUAAAGAUUUUACAAUCUUAAUGAAUUUUGGUUGUUCUCUGAACAAUAUUUUGUACCCACUUUCAAAUUGUUAAAACACCUAAAUGUGUUGAGUUAUUAAAAUGUGGCUUUUAUUUGGUAUAAAAUAUUUACCACAGACAGAACAUUUCUUUUUUAUUUGGUUUUAGUUGAGAAAAUGCAUAUUUUCUUUUACAUUUUACUUUUUUCUUCUUGUACUUGUUUCAAAUUUGCUUAAAGUUUAAGUUUAGCUGGAUUGACUCUCAUGAUAUCUAUAAAUCAGUGAGAUUUCCAAGCUGGUUAACAGAGAGGAAGGAAUAGAAGAUUUCAUUCUUAACGGAUCCAGUGUUCAUCGUUCAUGUAAAACAAACAUCCACUUUUCAAUAGACUAGUAUACGCUUAUGCUCUACAGUUUGAUUGACGUCUUGCUCUUCAUUCCAGUGGACACAUUUGCUGUCUCUGUAUUUACUGUAAGACUCAUUUAUUUUAUUCCUUAAUAUGUAAUGGUGAUGAGUUAUAGAAGAAUCAGUUAAUAGUUGUAACUUUCAUUACAUGGGUUGAAAAAGAAUCUUUCAGAAUUUUUGUGGAGCUUCAUGGGAUGUGUGCAUGAACAGAGGUACUUGGUUCGUUGUUGGUUGUUGGGCAUUACCAAACAGUUACUUUUGUCUUUGCAAGUCAUAUAUUUGCUUUCUGGUCAUAUUUCUGAUUGAAAUCAUAUUUUUGUACGCAUCAAUGCAAAUAAAGUUGUCUAUUAAA